CUGGACUGCGGGGCUUCAUAUCUGCCCACCAGCAAUUUGGGUCCAACACAGAUUCCCAGUCUUGUGCAAAGAGCCAUCAUCGUGCGAAGAGCCCAUUUCCAGAGUUUUGUGCAUCGGUUUGUAGCGAGCGUCGCUGGACUUGGAGCUUUUGGAGAGUUAGCGGCGCAGUGUGUCGUUGUUUCGAGAAUUCGACGUCGGUAACAAUGUUGGGAGGAAAGAAGGAGGUUGAUGUCCAGGACACGAACAGCUUGGAGAUCGAUGAGUUGGCGAAUUUCGCCGUUGCGGAGCAUUUGAAAAGCCAGAACAGUUUGGAAGGGAUGACAUUCUCCAAGGUGGUAUCGUGUCGCAAGCAGGUGGUGCAGGGCACCAUGUACCACCUGGUCAUCGAGGUGGAGGAGAGCGGCAAGCUUAGCCAGUACGAGGCCAAGGUGUGGGUGAAGCCAUGGGAGAAUUUCAAGAAGUUGGAGGACUUCAAGCCCAAAGAGCAAGAAGUGUUUACUUCUGCUGACUUGGGUGUCAGACCAGGAGGUCCCUUUAUGGUCCUCGGGGGUAACAGCGCUCCUCCCACGGACAAGCAGAGUGUCCCAACAGACGACCCAGUCGUGCAGGAAGCAGCUGAGCAUGUGAUCAAAACGUUGCAGAUGGGCUCAAACUCUCUCUCAACGUAUGAGCUCAACGAGAUCCUGUCUGCAGAAGCAGAGCUUAAUGACGAGACUGCUCAGUUUGAUUUACUUCUGAAGACGAAGCUGGGUGCUAAGGAGCAGGUUUUCAAGGCAGAAGUAAGCCGCACUGGAGAUGGGGAUUGGACUGUGAAGCAUGCUACCAUCCAGUGAAGAGUUUCUUUUCAGUGGGCAUGAUCCACUUAGUAUAUAGCACUUCGCAUGCUUGUGUAUGUGUUUAAAUGUUAUGUCUUGGAAGGCCAGGAGGGAGUCGAGCAGGAGGCGGUUAGAAGCUUUAAUAUGGGUACAUUAUGCACGUAAUAUUUUCUGCUUGGACUUGGUGUAAUUUUCAGCCCUAAUGGCAUAUAUUUGCCAUCCCAAUGAUGGAUGAGUAUUUUAAUUUUUGAAAACAGUAAUGAUGAUGUACUCUGAAACA